AUGCAGCCGUCAUGCCAGAGUAUUCUUCUGAAUACAAAACCGGCCGUGGCUGUACCGACUCUGCUUCUACUAAGCCUUUUCGGGUACUUAUUAUGGAGCACCAUUUACAACCUUUGCAUCCAUCCGCUCAAGCGUUUCCCCGGACCAAAGUCUUGGGCGACCAGCCGUAUCCCAUACACGAGAAGCUAUCUUUCUGGAAGCGCUCAUAAGAAUUUCCACAAACUUCACCAAAAGUACGGCCCUGUUGUCCGCGUGGCGCCGGACGAGCUGUCCUUCACCUCGACAGAAGCAUGGAAAGAAAUCAUGGGUCACCGCAAGGACUCCAGUGAUGAGAAUGCUAAAGACGUCGUCUUUUCGGCAGGGUGGGAGAAUACCAUUUUAGGGGCCAAUCGCGAUGACCACAGGCGCUAUCGUCGAAUCCUCUCCAAUGGCUUCUCGGCCAAGGCCAUGAUGAUGAAAUAUGUUGACCUGCUGUUACAGCGACUGCACGAGCACUGCAACGAUGGGAAAAAGGCGCUCGAUUUGGUUUCUUGGUACAACUUUACAACUUUCGACAUCAUUGGCGAUCUCGCCUUUGGAGAAUCUUUCGGCUGUCUCGACAACUCUGACUACCAUCCGUGGGUAUCCUUGAUUUUCCAGUCGGUCAAGGCAGGCUCCUUCAUGACGUCGAUGAGACGACUAGGACGUGGUUUGAAUAUUCUGAACUGGCUCAUUCCCCGUCAGCUGCUUCAAACGAGGGAACAGCAUAUGCGGCUGGUGCAAGAAAAUGUGGCUCAGCGACUGGCCACCAACAUUGAUCGACCCGACUUCAUGGACACCAUGGUCCGCAAGGAAGGCGCCCUGAAAAUGUCCCUGGAUGAAAUACAGGCCCAUGCCAACGUUCUCAUCUUGGCCGGAUCCGAAACAACUGCCACCACGCUAUCUGGUACGACAUAUCUUUUAUGCACGCAUUCCGCCGUUCUUAGCAAGCUCGCGACAGAGGUUCGCACUACCUUCAAGAGCGAGAAAGAUAUCGACCUUUUCAGCGUCCAGAAAUUGCCGUACAUGCUGGCGAUGCUAGACGAGGCGAUGCGAAUAUAUCCACCAGUGCCAAGCGUCAUUCCGCGCACAACGCCCCCCCGCGGCAAUGUGGUACUAGACGAGUAUCUGCCCGGCAAUGUCAAGUUGGGAAUCUGGCAGUGGGCCUUGAACCGUGACCCCAACAACUUCACCGACCCCGAGACUUUUAUCCCAGAACGUUGGCUUGGUGACCCGAGAUUCGCCAACGACAAGACCGAUGCCCUACAGCCGUUCUCCUAUGGUCCACGUAACUGCAUAGGGAAGAAGUAA